UCCAAUGCACUCAGUGUAGUUGGACAAAUUGUCUUGUAGGAAUUAAAUUUCUGUGCGAAGAGAUUUUUCACCCUCUUUCUUUUCCAAACUCACUUGGUCAGUGAGAAGCAAUUGGUCAGGCUAAUCAUUCCUUUUCUCUUAAUUACAUGACUGCAAGCCUAAAAUUCUGCUCCUUCAAGUAUUCUGGUUUUGUUUGGGGGGAUUUGUUUUAAACCUAGAAGACAUCUUGUCUAGCUGGAUUGGUGUUCUAUGAGUACAUAGAAUAAAAUAUUACAUCCAGUUUUUUCCCCUAAUCUAUUUGCUUUGGUGAGCAUGUUUAAAAAUAAGAAAAAUGACUCCUUGCUAAACAGCAAAAACCAUACAGAACGAAUAAAACCUCUACAAGCAAGUUCUCCCAUUGAGGAGGGAGCCAAACCACGUUGUUUUAUCAUGGGCACCGCUAAUGAAGAGACCGUCUCAGUGGAGCAGAACUUGAACCCUCUGUGCUUUGAAUGUGGCCAACAGCAUUGGACGAGGGAGAACCACUUGUACAAUUACCAGAACGACGUGGACGAUGACUUGGUCUGCCAUAUUUGCCUUCAGCCCCUGCUACAGCCAUUAGACACCCCUUGUGGUCACACAUUCUGCUAUAAGUGCCUACGGAACUUCCUGCAGGAGAAGGAUUUCUGCCCUUUGGAUCGCAAAAGGCUCCAUUUUAAGUUGUGCAAAAAAUCCAGCAUCCUCGUUCACAAACUGCUCGACAAGCUUUUGGUGUCGUGCCCCUUUUCUUCGGUGUGUGAGGAGGUGAUGCAGCGAUGCGACCUGGAGGCCCACCUGAAAAACAGGUGUCCUGGCGCUUCCCACCGAAGAGCUGCCUUGGAGAGAAGAAAAAACAGCAAAUUGCAGGCAGACAUGGAGAGCGAGAGCGAGAACGGCAUGAUAGAUCACCCGAGUUCCCAGUCCCCUGACGCAGAGCAUGCUGGGACAGGAACAGCACCAGCGGAGCAGAACGUUACAUCAGCAACUGUUCCAGUGUGGACAGAUGAAUCUGGCCUUGACAACCCUGCCUUUGAGGAGAACACGGGAGCUGACACAACUCAUCAGCCGCCAAGUUUGCCAGAAGGCGAGAUCACAACCAUUGAAAUCCAUCGGUCCAAUCCUUAUAUUGAGCUGGGAAUUAGCAUCGUGGGUGGCAACGAAACACCUUUGAUCAACAUUGUAAUUCAAGAGGUUUAUCGAGAUGGGAUUAUUGCCAGAGACGGAAGGCUCCUUGCCGGGGAUCAAAUAUUGCAAGUAAAUAACUUUGAUAUCAGCAAUGUCUCCCACAACCAUGCCAGGGCCAUCCUUUCCCAGCCUUGCACAGUGCUACACCUCACCGUACUCCGGGAGAGGCGGUUUGGAAGCCGAACACACAACCACAGCGACAGCCCUCCCCAUCGGGAGGACAGUUUCCAUGUGACCCUGCACAAACGCGAUUCCAACGAACAGCUGGGCAUUAAGUUGGUGCGCAGAACAGACGAGCCGGGGGUAUUUAUCCUUGACCUUUUGGAAGGGGGCUUGGCUGCUCAGGAUGGCCGGCUCUGUAGCAACGACAAAGUGUUGGCAAUCAACGGGCACGACCUGAAGCAUGGCACACCUGAACUGGCUGCUCAGAUUAUCCAGGCUAGUGGAGAGAGAGUAAGCCUAGCCAUUUCCCGGCCCGCCAAGUCACAGAUUGUGAGCAUUCUCAGAGACGGAGGAAUUCACCCCAUCAGCCAACAUCUAUCUCAUCAACUGUAUCACAGCAACAGGCCCAGCCCACAUAAGGACCUUUCCCAGUGCGUGACUUGCCAAGAGAAGCACAUCACCGUGAAGAAGGAGCCCCACGAAUCCCUUGGCAUGACGGUAGCAGGAGGACGAGGCAGCAAAAGUGGGGAGUUGCCAAUAUUCGUGACGAGCGUGCAACCUCACGGCUGCCUGGCGAGGGACGGCAGGAUCAAAAGAGGCGAUGUGCUCAUGAAUAUUAAUGGCAUUGACCUGACCAACCUAAGCCACAGCGAGGCAGUGGCCAUGCUCAAAGCCAGCGCGGCCUCCUCAGUUGUGGCCCUUAAAGCUUUGGAGGUCCAGAUUGCAGAAGAGCAGCCCCAGGCCAACGAUGAGCAGCCGAGCACCAUCAGUGAGAAUGAGUACGAUGCAAGCUGGUCACCGUCUUGGGUGAUGUGGCUGGGACUUCCGAGCUGCUUGCACAGCUGCCAUGAUGUGGUGCUACGGAGGAGCAAUUUAGCAAGCUGGGGCUUUAGCAUUGUUGGGGGCUACGAGGAGAACCACACAAACCAGCCUUUCUUCAUAAAAACGAUUGUUCUGGGAACACCAGCCUAUUUCGAUGGAAGGCUCAAAUGCGGCGAUAUGAUUGUUGCGGUCAACGGACUUUCCACUGUGGGCAUGAGCCAUUCAGCGCUGGUUCCUAUGUUGAAGGAACAAAGAAACAAAGUGACAUUGACAGUUAUCUGCUGGCCAGGAAGUCUUGUAUAGACAGGAAACGAAAAACACCAGUUUGGUUCAAGCAGCUUAUUUUUUCUAAAUGGCUGGUUCAAAACCUUCAAGCGAGCUGUGUUUUCUUUCUCCUUCCCCUGCCCCCCUUUUCUACUACUGAUGCAGCUGGUAAUAAGCUGGGCCAAAAACUGCUACCUU